ACCAUUGAAGCGAAUACACACGUUCGCUGGAAGAGACAACUUUAACCAUAGAAUUAUAACGCGAAGCUCUUCGUAUAAAAAUUCAUAGUAAAAAUAUAUUUUUUUGUGUAUCUCGUUACGUACGUGUUUCCGUACCACGGAUUAUUUGUGUUAAAUGGUGGUGUUUUAAAUGCUUUGACAAUAUAGUGAUUUGUUUGGUGUGACGUGAGAAAAAAAACCAACAAAAAGCAAAUCGAAAAUAUUAAAACGUGAAUUACCAUCCAUUGAGAUAAUUGGUGUGGUCGAUUUAGUGGACAUUACUCAUACCAAUGUGUCAUUCAGAAAGGAAAAUUAUGUGUAAAAUAAGUGAUCCUAUGUGACAAUUAAUGGUAUAAAUAAUAACAACAAGUGGUGUGCUACACAGUACACAGCAAUUUAAUAAAAAUAACAAAUAAAUAUUAAAAAAAAUCGCGUGUAAUGAAUUCAAACGAAAAGAACAUUGGUCCGCUAUAAAGUUAAUAAACACUAGCAAAUUUCAGCAUCAAUCCGAAAACACUUAAACAACCAUUUUACCGCCGAUGCUAUAAUCACAAAAUAGUAUUGCAUUAUACACCAACGAGUUUAAACAUCGCAACAUGAGGCGAAGAACAGGUCUCUCGUAUUUAUUUAAAAUGGUCAGUAGGACAAACAUUGAGCUAAAUAUUGUGCUAAUCGCAAUUGUGCUAGUGUUCAAUAUUGAUUCGGUGUGUCCGAGUGAUGUAAAUAAAAAUCUGUCAACCACACCCAUACCGCCGAAUAUUCAUUAUACAACCGAAAUCGUGAAUCGGAAUUCCAGUGUGCAAAAUAGUAUCGGCGAAAAUGAUACGCUAUUAUUUUCGACAGACAAUGAAUUAUGGGACGGAUUGAUAAAAGAUUGUUUGCGGAAGCCGUCUUUCGCGUGUUUCCAAAAGAAUGUCCAUAGCUACCUCAACAGUGCUUUAGAUUUAGAAGAUGUCAAUGUGACCAGCAGCUUUAAAUUUUUGAAAAAUAAGGUCGACCUUUACAAAUACACCAAAGAGGCUAAUGACCACUUCAUGAAAGAAAACGAGAUACCGGAUGAAGAAGCAAGAUCAGCAACACCAAUCGAAGAGGUGACUGACGCCUUAUCAGGAAAGGGCGUUCAAUUUCUGAUGACACAUGACAUCGAACUUAACAUGCCCAGCAUUUUAUUCGACAGUUCAACACUUCGAAUCUCUCCACGAUCCUUCGAAGGAAAUGGAGCUUUAGUAAAGAUAGAACUAAUACCCAACGAAGCACGUAGUGUUAAAGCGACCGGUAGAAUUUUCUUAAAGAAAAUAAAAAAAUUCUUCCGAAACAAGCUUCUGUUAUCGUUUUUGGCCAUCGUUUUAGUGAUAAAAUUAAUUAAAAUAAAAGUUUUAUGGAUUUUACCGUUGAUCGUUGGUGUAACAACAGCCAAAAAAUUGGUUUUGAAAUUUGUGCUAUUUCUGUUCCCAGCGCUCGCAAACAUAUUCAAAUUAUGUUCGUAUUAUCAUAAAAACUAUCAUGACACUAAAUUUCAUCACCAUCAGCAUCACAUCAGUCACCUACAUACGGUGGUGCCACCUUGGUACAAUGAACCACAUCACGAUCAUCAUCAUGACCAUCAUGACCACCACGGCCCGGAAUUGAUUUACACAAGUCCACCGAAAGGUCAUCCGUCCGAAUAUUUACAUGGGACAUCAAUAAACACAAAUUAUGGACAUGACUGGGAACCGUCCGGUCCAGGCCUAGGGUCAGAGUAUAUUAGUGAUGUUCAUAGAAAUGCACAAGUUCAUACCUUUAAGCCCAAAUUAGAUGAUGUAAAUGAAAUAAAUUCGUGGGGUCUAGGUACAACAAUGCCAUCUUCUGCUAGUCAUAGCAACAAUAAUAAUCCUUUAAUAAGGGAUGCACCGAUGCGGACUUACAAAGCCGAUCAAAUUGGUCAGUACAAUAGUCCAGUAUACACCCCGGUAAAAGUAGCGCCGAAGAAUGCUCCAGUGCAGUACAACGCAAUUCAAAUUGAUAAGUUGGCGCAUGAAGCACAGAGACUACAAGCACAACAAAAAGAAGCAAUGAGAAUUCAAGCCGAACAGAAGUUAGUGGCUCAACAACAGAAAAUACUGCAACAACAACCAUUCGUUCAGGACACUACUAGUAGUGUCUCCGCUUAUGUGGAUCCAUUUUACUCUCCGAUUUUGGCUAAGAUCGACAAAAUUUUCUUACAAUUAAAUAUAAUUGAGGAGCCAUGCAGAGAACGACUUGUCUGCAGUAUGUACAAGAAUCCAGCCAAAUAUAGUCCGCACAGCAAUUUCAUAUCGGCUGAAUUGAGUCGCGACACAUCUGAACUACGACGUCCGGAUUCCACAAAUCCAGCGGUCAUUCGCUUUUAUCGAUACGUUCAAGCAGCUAGAGAUGGCCAAGACCAGAAGGAUUGCCAGGAAUUUUUCAAAUUGUGUCAGAUUCGAAUGGAGUAAAUGGAGCAUUAGUUAACACGUUUACCAGAGAGUGGAUAACAGAUGGUGUCCCCUGCGGGCGGAAAUAACGCCAUGUGUUAUCAUCUCUCUGCAAGUUUAUGUAUUGUAGUUGUUAAGAGAGAUAUAGUGUGCGAAAGAGAGAAAGAUAAAGGGCGCGAGAGAGGAAGAAAUUUAAUUUAUUUAAUUUAUUUUGCAUUGGAAUGUGUAUGAUGUAUGUGAACGGUUGACUUUAUUUAUUUAUUUAUUUUAUUUUUUAAAGAAAUUUUGUUUAUUGAACAAUUUAAACAUAGAAAUGUAGUUUCAGAGUCAUUGAUCAAUAAAAUAAUUGUAAUGGG